AUGAAACUCAGCUUCGAAACACGGUUUUGCACAUUACCAGUAUCAGCAAGCUGGACGUUUCCGCUAAAUUAUAUUCCACUGUCAACCAGCUCGGCAUCAUCGGAGAUCUGUCCAGGAUGGCUACCAUUGGACCCUCCGGAUGUAAGAAUUUUUCUUCGUUCGUGCAGCCUGCUACUACUGAUAAAUAACAUCGCUACGUUGCUGAUUCUACUAUUAAGCGAUGCAGCUCGAGCCGAAACACACCAAAAUACGAAGAUAUUGCGAUACGUGCACUAUAUUCUCAUCGCUUGGCAGACACACUUGCUGUUGGCGCUAGGAUACAUUUAUUACCGUAUGUCUAACUAUCACCAAGUACUGGAACUGGUACAUCUUUUGCCAAUGUGUCUUAUGCUGCUGUUUUUGGACACUUGCAAUGCGGUCACAUUUUAUCGCAGAUUUAGAACCAUAAGGAGCAUCCUCUUUAGAACAAUAGUGAUCGUUUUUCGUGCUAUCGCCUGGUUAACGCUUCUGCUCAGCUUAACGUGUGCAAUUCACAGGGAGUAUAAUGAAUAUAAUUUUGUUACGUAA